AUGGGACUAACUAAAACUCAAUACGGCUUAAUCUUUCUCAAUGUUGCAUUUCGACUAUACUCAUCCUUGUACAUGAUUAUUGGAGAUUGUGAUGAAACAUUUAAUUAUUGGGAACCACUAAAUUUACUAUUGCGUCAAUUUGGUAAACAAACAUGGGAAUAUUCACCCGUGUACUCCAUCCGAUCAUAUGCUUAUCUAAUACCGUAUUACAUCAUCGGUAAAGUGAUUCAGCUAUUUGGUGCGUCUCCCAUCAAUGUGUUUUAUGGGUUACGUGUCGUGGCACUUUGUGGGUUCACUUCAUUUGUCGAAUUGAAUUUAUUUGCCAAUUUGCAUUAUUACUCAACGAAUUUGGCCAACUGGUGGCUAUUUCUAACCAGUAUUAAUGUCGGUAUGAGCCAUGGUGGUGUGGCAUUGUUGCCCAGUUCAUUGGCUUCGCAAACGACACUAUUGGCAAAUACCUAUAUUUUUAGAAGUCUUGUCGUUAAUAACGAAAAAACACGCGAUCGAAGUAGUAACUUGUUGAAAGCAGUUACUUGGUAUUUAAUUGGUGGGUUCUUGGGAUGGCCCUUUGCAUUAGCUUUAGGUUUACCUAUUGGAGUUUACACAUUAUGGCAAAUUGCUCAGCAGCGUAUAUCAGCUGUCAUUUUAAUCAAAAUUGGGUUGGUUUUGCUAUGCAUAGUCAGCACUAUCACUUUAAUUGAUUCCUUUUACUUGCAGAAAUUGGUGUUUGUGCCAAUAAAUAUUGUAUUGUAUAAUGUCUUUGGUGGUGAUGGUGAAGGACCCGAGAUUUUCGGAGUUGAGCCAUUAAGUUAUUACAUUCUCAACUUGUUGUUAAAUUUUCAGUUUAUUUUACCGUUGGCUGCUUUGGGAGUUUUGCUUAAUCCAUUCAUCACAACUAACGCCAACCGAUUUAGUACAAUUGUAUCUGCCCAGUUGAUAAUUUGGUGUGGCAUAUUUUUCAGCCAACCCCAUAAGGAAGAAAGGUUUAUGUAUCCCAUUUAUCCAUUGAUUACGCUAUCAGCAGCAAUCACUAUAUCUAAGUUGACAGCAUUUGUGAAGAAUAAGUUACCCCGCAUUGUCUACUAUGCUGCUCAAUUUGCAUUUAUUGCCACUUCAUUCACCAUUUCAGUAUUGAGAAUAGUCAAUUUGGUUGAAAAUUAUGCGGCUCCACUACACAUUUAUCAAGCAGUAUCACAAUUGCCUGUAUCAUUGUCGUCUACACAACAAGUCAAUGUAUGUACUGGUAAAGAAUGGUAUCAUUUCCCGAACUCCUUUCAUUUACCACCAAAUUAUCGAUUAAAAUUUGUUGAAUCGGGAUUUGAUGGAUUAUUACCAGGGGAUUUUUAUGAACCAAAAGAGACCAUAAUUGAAUCAACAACAUUUGUUCCACUGCACAUGAAUAAUCAGAAUCAAUUUGAAUCUGACAAAGUAAUUCCUUUAAAUGAAUGUGAUUACUUUGUUGAUAAUUCUCAAUUAGGGUCUACGCCACAAUUGAUGAGACCUGAUUUAUCCAUCGUUGAUGAUGCCAACUGGCGUAUUUUACAAUGCAGAAAGAUUAUCAAUCCAGAUGGACAUCAUAAUUUGCUUGGGAAAUUGAUUUAUAUCCCAUAUCCUUUGAGAAGGUUAGUGCCGUACAAUGUUGAGUACAUGGAUUUGUGUCUAUUGCAAAGAACAAAACAAGGAGAAGAAAAGGUGUAG